GCCGCCCCGCUACAGCCGCCGAGCGUCCACCCGUGUGACGGACGCGCGACUUUGAACUUAUCCAUGGGGUCACAUGAUUUCUCCACUUGGAAGGACUAAAACAAUAAGAGGAUCGCCAAACGUGUCACCCCCAACCCAUCCCAUGUCGGUGGGACAUGACGAUGCUUAGCGGAGCAGAGCAGCUGUGGCCGAACGCGUCGGACGAGCGCAACGGCACCGGUGGGGCGGCGGGGACGGACGACGGUGACGGCGAGCGCAAUUACUACGCCAUGCUCUACUCCCUCCUCAUCCUGGCCAUCGUGUUCGGCAAUGUGCUGGUGUGCCUGGCCGUGCUGAGGGAGCGCUCCCUGCAGACCACCACCAACUACCUGGUGGUCAGCCUGGCCGUGGCAGACUUGUUGGUGGCCUCGCUGGUCAUGCCCUGGGCCGUCUACCUGGAGGUGGUCGGCGGCGCCUGGCUUUUCAGCCGCCUCUACUGCAACGUCUUUGUCACGCUGGAUGUGAUGAUGUGCACCGCCAGCAUUCUCAACUUGUGCGCUAUCAGCAUCGACAGGUACACAGCGGUGGUGAUGCCCGUGUUGUACAACACCACGCACCGCUCGCGCAAGAGGGUGUUCGCCAUGAUCGCCACCGUUUGGGUGCUGGCCUUCGCCGUGUCCUGCCCGUUGCUCUUCGGCUUCAACACCACAGACGACCCCAUGGUGUGCUCCAUCUCCAACCCGGACUUUGUGGUGUACUCGUCGGUGGUGUCCUUCUACUUGCCCUUCAUGGUCACUUUACUGGUCUACAUCCGCAUUUACGUCUUCCUGCGCAUGAGAAGGAAGCGGAUCACCUUCAGCCAGGCCAGUGGGAAAGUGCAGCCCGGCUCCACGCCGCCCUCUGUGGAGACGUGUCUUCAGGAUGGCACGGCCAAGAGCAACCACGACCUGUCACCUAUAAGGAUUAAAGUGCAGUCGGCGGAGGCGUCGGGUCCGUCCAAGUCCGACCUGCUGUCGGGAUGUCUGUGGCGCAAAAGGCCCAAAACGGGACCCGUGGAGAACUCCCCGCCGCCCCCGGUGGACUCGCAGAACUACUGCAGCGUCAGCCACGCCUCCUGUGGCCGCACCGAGCUGGACGCGGAGCAGGAGCGCGACGGGGUGGCGCCUGAGGGUGGCCGGCGGGGGGCGCUGUCGGCGGGCGUGGGCUGCGAAGUGAAGGACCUUUCCAACGGACGCACGCACACCACGCUGCGCCGGAUCAACGCCAACAAUCCGAGAUUCAGGAGCAUGCACGCCCGCGAGAAGAAAGCCACCCAGAUGCUGGCCAUUGUGCUCGGGGUGUUCCUCAUCUGCUGGCUGCCCUUCUUCGUCACGCACAUCCUGAACACGCACUGCGGUACGUGCGCGGUCCCCCCGGGCCUCUACAGCGCCUUCACCUGGCUGGGCUACGUCAACAGCGCCCUCAACCCCGUCAUAUACACCACCUUCAACGUGGAGUUCCGCCGGGCCUUCAUCAAGAUCCUCAGCUGCUGA